CAAGCUUAUAAUAAUUUAUUAAUUAUUUAAAUAAAAUUAACUCGAAAAAAUGGUUCUUGAUGAUUAUGACCUUGUAGAGGAUUUAAGAAAAAGCAUUUUAAAUAUGCAGGAAGGAGUAACCUCAUUUUUAAGUAGAGUAAAUCUACAUGCAGUAAUAACAAAACGUAUGAUUGAAGAUACUGAGAAAAUUGUUCAAGAAUACUUGUUGGAACCUCGCCUGACGAAAAGAGAUAAAAUAUUAGAAAAAUAUCAUAAAAAACUUAUGAUUAAAUUGAAUUCUAUGUUCCACGAACGACCACACCUGAAAGAAAUAUGUCAACAAAAAGAUAAUCAACUUGUUCUUUCUUGUUUUACUAAAUAUGAUUUUGAGGCUGUAUCACCAACAGAUAAUGAUGAUACAAAAUUAAAUGAUAUAAAAUGUGUAUUUCGUUGUUGUGGUCACAAUUUAACGUAUUUAAAUAUACAAAAAUAUCCUUAUUCUGAAAUACUGUCAUUGAUUAAUGUUAAUUGUACAAAUCUCAAGGAACUUGUUGUAAAAUUUAUAGAAAUAGAAGAUGAAGAUUUUAAAAAUGUAUUUUCUCAUAUGCAUAAACUUGAAAGGUUGAUAAUUACAUUGGACUGUGGAAUUUUAACUCUACCACUAACUUGGGUCAGUUCAUUAAAAAAAAUUGCUGAAACCUUGAAAGAUUUACAUCUUGAAUGUGAAUCUAAAGAAGAAGUUUUCUUACCAGAUAAAUUGAGUUUAGUAUUUCCUAUAUUAAUCACUUUGGAACGUUUACAUGUAUAUGGUUUUCAAUUGAGUCCAUCAUUAGUCAAGUCGAUAGGUGAAAUUGAAAGUUUAAAUGUUCUAGAAUUAUUUCCACGAGAUAAUUAUUCAUCGAAUUAUGAAAAAACCGAUAUGACUACAAUUGGGAAUUUAAAAAAUCUUGAAACAUUAGAUGUUACAUGGAAUUGGGGUAUAACAGAUGAAUUUUUAAUUAAUCUUUGUGAAAAUUCAAAGAAAUUAAAACAUUUACGUAUACUUGGAAGGGAGAUAACUAAUGAUGGAAUUAGUGCAGUUAAAAGUUUAAGUCAGCUAGAAUGGUUCAGUCUUGGUGUAGAUACACCAGAUGAAGAAAAUGAACUUAUCAUUGAUCAAUCGAGUUAAUAUUCAUUUAAUGAUGAAAAAUUGAUAGAACUGAAAUUUCUAAUAGAUCAGUGAUUAAAGCUUUUGAAAAUCUACCAAAUCUUAUAUUUUUAACAAUUAAAAAUACAAUUGUUACUAUUAAAGUUGUCGAAGAAUUAUAUCUAAAUUAACUAAAUUUCAUGAAAAGAAAGUAUAGGUAUUUGUUUCUUUUAAAGAUUGUUAUGGUAUUUUCAAAUCAUUAUUGGAAUUACAUGAUGUUAAAUUGAUGCUUGUAUCUAAAGACUAAUCAAUUAAUUAUAUUUUUGGAAUAAGUCAUUAAAGUACUUUAUUUUUGCUUGUAAAAAAAAAAAUUGAUGACUUGUCAUAAUAUAAAAAGAAAUUGAAAAUUACUACUAGUUUAAUCAAUAAUUUAUGUAAUAAUAAUUUAUUAAAAAAUAAUAAAUAAUGUUUUUAUUUAAAAAUUUACUUAUGGGAA